CUAUAAAGCCUCUCACUUGGCUGUGUACACUCAGACUAAUAGGUAACUCUAUAGCAUUGAAAAAGAAUCCUAGCCAACUGGAUAUAUCUACUGUAUGCAACUGGAAGCCAUUGGGAUACAUAUUACUCUUUUCCUUCACAACCUCCCAGUGAAGUGAAUUGUUUUAGACUGAGGCUCUAGCCAAUAUGAAAGUGGCUCUUCAAACCAUCAUCUGCGGGUGUGUUCUAGCCACAGUUCUACCUCUGGUGAAAGGCACCAAAGCUGGCCUCAACUCCAACAUGAAAAAGAGAUUUAGAGGCUGGCUACAGAGCCGCACGAGAGCAGAUCUCCACAGCAGCUCUGCCGUAGACUCAGGGAUCCUCAGUGGACCAGGGCAGAGAGAGGAGACAGACUCCUCUGUAUUUCAUUCCAGGUCCAGAAGAUCCAUUGUGACCUCAGUGAAAAGACCUGGCUGCUCUCUGGGCACAUGCACCCUGCAUGAACUGGUCCAUCGGCUGCACAUCCUCAACAACAGGUUAAAGGACAACAGAGCCCCGGAGGAUAAGAUCAGCUCGCAGGGUUACGGUCGCCGCCGCAGGUCUCCACGGUCGCUCCCACAGCGCUAUGCUUUUCUAACUCUCCCAGCAGGGAGAGUGAGAUUGGGAUGGAGCAUCGAGUGCAGCCAAGGACUCCAUCUACAGGCCACCCUGCUCAGACAAACUUGAGUCAUACAGAGAAAAGGAAGAUGAGUUUCAAUCUAGUGAAUGUCAGGCGCUUUUUUUAUGUGUUUGGCUGGCUGAGAUCUACUGAGGUCCUAUUCCUGAGCAUUCCUUUCCUGUGUGGGGGAACGGAUGGACAAAGUCAAUGGAGCAGGAAGCGAAUUUCAUGCCACUGUGGAUAAAAGGGAAGCGAUAAGAAGUGUCUCUGUGUGUGUGUGUGUGUGUUGAUUUUUCACUCUAACAUUUCUAGUGUUGAUUCAGGUCAUAAAUUAACUCCGUAAGUGUUAAAUUAAAACUCAUUGUUAUAAAA